CACUAAUCCCCGGUGUUUACAGUUUCACGCAACACGCAAGGCAUCACGAUCCUUGCUUAAAUUUCACUCACCGUCCAUACACUACCCUUUUUUAUUAAUGUGAGCGGAAAAUUCCCACGAUAGGAACGAUGGACUUUGAAGGAUCAGAUGACGAGACAAACGUGAGGGCAGACUUCGUUGCUGCUCGCAAUGCUGCGGUUUUCUGCAUUGAUGCGUCUGAGGGGACGCUGAAAGAAAUUGAAGAGGACGGGAAAUGUUCGCUUCAGCUGUGUCUUGAUGGAGUGAAGCGGAGGAUUUUGCACAAUAUCUUCAUUUCGGACAAGGAAUUUGUGGGCAUUGUGCUGAUGGGAGCCAUGAUUAAAAACCAGUCAAAUAAAAAUGCCAGUAACCUCACCAGCAACAACAGUUGUGUCUUCUUUGAGCUUAGUCGGCCUGGAGCUGAAAUUUGCAAGGAGUUGGAAUAUUUGUGUGCCAAACCUGGCAAGCAGUUCAAGGACGAUUUCCUUGACGAGUACACAGUUUUGCCCGUGGGAGUUUUGUCUGAUUCUCUUUGGACUUGCUCAUCUAUGAUGUCUCUCUCAAAUACAAAAUUUGGUGUGAAGGAAGUCUUCAUCAUGACCAACAACAGUAUGGAGAGAAUUGAUCCCAUUGUGCGGAGACAGACUUUAAAAAGAGUUGAAGCUUUGUCGGAAGUUGGUAUAUGUAUCCGUUUGUUCUCCUCUGGCCCCAAUUUCAACUUGCAGCCAUUCUAUAAGGAGCUCAUGAUGAUUGCCCAUCCUGAGGGAACUGCUCUGGAUGGCUCACACUGGGCCAUUUCCGAUCUCUUGGAAAGUCCUGAUGCAAUUCUUACCAAGGCUUUCAACAACAGACAAUCUGCCAGACUGGAUUUUGUCGUCACACCAGGGACUGCGAUGGCCAUUAAAAUAUACUCGCUGUUCAGGCGAAUGGACCACAUCAGUUCAAGGCAAGACGUGAAGCUGCACAGGGAGACAAAUGAACAGGUAGCGGUGCACACGGUCAGGUAUGACACCACAAGUGGAGAGAUGGUCCACCCUGAUAGUGUCGUUUACGGGAUCAAAGUUGAAGAGGGAGCAGCUUAUUUUAAAAAGGAGGAAAGGGCUAAAAUGAAAGAACUGUACCCCGUUGGCAUCUAUUUGCUUGGGUUCAAGCCUAUUUCGGAGGUCUUCUGGGGCGAUCAUAUCAAGCCAGGCAUUUUGAUUGUUCCUGAUGAUGAAGAAAGAUCAGGCAGUAGCAGCCUUUUCUACAGCCUGCUGCAAGUCUGCGUGGAAAAGGGGGUGACGCCGCUGGUGAGAGUGUGUACUAGGAAGGGAAGCGGCGCCAGGCUUGCCCAUUUGUUGCCCCAACUGGAGAACGCCUCUGACGGGCCCUUUGCCGCGGCCAACUGCUUCUACGUCGUCUACAUGCCCUUCUGUGGUGAGUGCAGGGAGUCAGAAGCCGCUGUCAAGUCUCCGCGGGUGGACGUCGAACCGCUGCAGGAGUUGGCCAAAACCAUCAUCCAGAAGACCAGCUUCAAGUAUCUGCCGAGUAAAUUUCCCAACCCGAAAACGAGAAUGCACUUCAAUGCAAUUGAGGCGCUUGCUCUUGACUACUCGGAAGUGGAAACUGUUGUUGAUGCCACUGAACCUGAUGUGGCAGGAAUUGAUUUGAGAGUCGGUGAGAUUGCCUGCGAGUUUAUGGCAAUGAGUGAUAAAAUCGCCAGCGUUUGCAUGGAUGAUGAGUGAAGAUUGUUCCUUUUAUAUUUUUCAAUUAAAAAAUUUGUUAUUAAUCUUA